AUGGAUGCCGAGAUCCAACCCGUCUCAGAUCACGAUAAUGAUCAUCGUUAUCGCAGCCAACGAAACCAUCAUGAUAGUUCCCGUCACGGCCGCGCGUCCGGAAAUCGCCACCCCGCUGAAAAUGUUGCGGAAGCCGAAACAGGUUCAGACAAUGCCGACCGUCGCGUGUUAGCCGAGCUCGCGACGGCAAUAUCCCUCGCAGAGCGCAUUCUGCAAAUAGCCGCUACAGCGUCGCAGUCUCGCUCCCACCGGCUAUUAACGGAUCGGAUUGCGACGCGUACGCAGCAGCUUCUCCCCGUGCUUCGCCGGCUGCAGGCUUCGUCAAUGAGCCUCAUCCACGACCCCAGAGCCACCUUCGUCUUCGAGCGUCUGGUUACAGAGUUACAGGAGGCGAGGCAUCUUCUGGAGACCAGCACUAAGGCGUCCGUGCUCGGCAUUAUGUUCCGCUUUAAGCGCCGAUCGGAAAUCGCGGAGCGCCUGGAGACCUGUUUAGCGGAGAUCCGGCAGUGCCACACGGAAUGCCUCAUUCUGAUUGGCCAGGACAAUUUCCACGGUCGAAGCGGCUACGCGCCGCGUAGUGCUACCGGCGCCCCUCCUGCUUCUGGCGGCGCCAACAGCGACCGCGGGGGUAUCGGCGGAGGUACCGGCGGAAGAGUUAUCGGAGACGCAGGGGAGCGUUUAGGCUCGGAUUACGGUUCCGCGGGUGGAGGUUUGCAGCGGGGUUUUUCAACCGAGGUGAUUCUCCCUUCCAGCCCCAUGGUAGACCGCUCCCCACGCGCUUGGAACGGAGGCAGGCAACCGGGUGCGCACAGUCCCCGCCCCCGCGCGCUUCCGCGGUCCGGAAGCGACGGCUUGCCAGAGCAGGUGUCCCGCGGCGCGCGCGGGAGCCACGGGGUUUAUGGCGGUCAUGGUCACGGGGAUCGCCAUUCUUCGCAGCAGCAGCGGCAGCAGCGGCGUUUGGUGCCGGAGUUGGAUCGGCCUGGCACGGCCGGCGAGGCGAUGCCGAUGCCCCGCUCGUUCUCCUCCACGGACGCCGCUGACGUGGCAGCGGCGCGCGGCACUCCCGGGGAGUUCUCGAUGGACAUCCCGAACGUGCGACGCGCGAAUGCGGCCAGGCAAGCGGGUGGUUCGGAGGAGAUCAUUUGUUCGGAAUCCGACCACGCGCGCGUGCUCGUCUCCGCGCUCAUAGACGGGUCCCCCGCGGAGAAGCGCGCGGCGCUGGCGGCGCUGCUAGAACUGGCGGAAUCGGAUGAGGGGAAGCUUAGCGUCGCCGCGGCCGGCGCGGUCCCAGUGCUCUCGGUCCUCCUCACUCUCCCCGAUAGCCCCGGGGAACCCACGAAACUAGCCGCCGCGCGCGUGCUGCUGCGUCUCGCGUGCCUAGACGAGAACCGAGUGGUGAUCGCUAAAGCGGGGUGCGUGCCCUCGUUUGUGUCGCUCCUGCGCACCGGCGGCCCCGAGGCGAGAGCGGUCGCGGCGCGGGUGCUAUGGAACCUAGCGGUGAACACGGAGAAUAAGGUUAUAAUAGCCGCAUCAGAAGCCGUCCCGUCGCUAGUCGCGAUUAUCCAAUCGGAUUCCGAGAGUGAGGCGAAGCAGGAAGCAGCAGAGGCACUAGCGCAGCUCACAGCCAACAAUGUUAAGAACCAGACGGCUGUAGCGGAAGCAGGGGGUGUUCCAGCUCUUGUGACUAUGCUGAAGGAAGGCUCGCCUCCCGAGCAGGAGAAAGCGGCGCUCGCUUUAGGCACACUCGCUGUGAAUCACGACGAGAACAAGCUGACUGUAGCGGGAGCAGGCGCGUGUCCCCUUCUUCUAGACCUUCUCUGUCAGAACGACAAUCCCGAGGCUUCUAAGAACGCCGCGUGGGCCCUCUACGUCCUGUCCUCUAACAAGGUAUCCGCGACUUACAUCCUCGCUAGUGGCGGACUCACUGCGGUGAAAAGAGUGCAGAACGAAGGCCCGCCGGAGUCCCUGUACUGGGCUUCGCAUAUCUUGUCUCUUCUGGACCCGUCGGCUGGGCCCCCUGAGAAGCACCCAGCGCACCGGUUGUCGGGGUUUGGGCCGGCGAAAGGUGGAAGGGACGAUGAGGAGACUAUGAGUCAGCGCAUGGAGGAGAGGCGGGCAACGAGGGAGAAAAUUGUUAAGGGGUGGUGA